AUGUACAGUCGACCACUCCAAUCACCAAACCGAAUCAAGCCACAUAUCGUUUUACCAUCUUUUUGCAGCCUCGGGACAGAACGAAAAGUCUUACUGAUCAUUAUGGUUCGCAACAGAAAUGCCAAGCCUCAUCUCUCAACGGGAGCAGAAGGGCCAAAAUCGUUGGCAUGUCGGACGCUGGGGAUGACGCCCGACGGCCAUUUGGAUCUCAGCUUGGGAUCGGGCGCACAACAAUCUCGGCAAUCAUCACUCGAUCGGCCGAGCGCGGUACUUGUUGUGACGGCCUCCAGAGGCGGACGACCGCGCAUGGACCAAUGA